UAAGAAGCAAUCCCGAGGAUUUAGACGCCUUUGUAAGAACGCCUUGCAUUAUCAUUUUCGUAGACCAUGCUUGAUAAGCUCAGCCGCCGUCGCAUUAUGAUGAUCGUCGAUAUCCAUAAAGCUUGGCCGAACCUGGCAGUGGCAUGGGAAGAUAAGGUGGAGUAGGGAACGCAGUCAUCCAUCCACAUUUUGUUUUUCUUGUUGGGCAUAAGAAGACGUAGCUGUCUUCUCUGAAACCAUUCAGUUUUUUUUUUUCUUUUUGGCCAUUAUCCCUCAUUAUCCCUCAUCAUGCGGCAUCUCUCGUGUUGGGCAACUGUUGCCCUGCAGUUGCUUUACCACGUAGGCCCGGCUACGGCUGCGGCCGUCCCUGGCCAUAGGAAUCAUAUCGGCGGGAAUACGGGGAGAAUAGCACCCAGGGUUUUUAUCAUAAGCAUGUUUACUCCUGAAUCGGAAGCCUGGAAGACGAGCAUGGUGGAAUCGGGAACUGGAAACUUGACCGACACCAAGAUCGACGUGCCCGGGCUGUCCAUGCUGUACCCUCAAGUGCUAUGCACGGCGGAUAAGUCUGUAUGCCAAGUGACGGCCGGAGAGAGCGAGAUCAACGCGGCGGCGAGUACCAUGGCUCUGGUGCUCUCGGAUAAGUUUGAUCUCAGCCAGACAUACUUUGUCGUUGGUGGGAUCGCAGGUGUCAACCCCAAGUACUCAACACUUGGCGGUGUUGCGCUCUCACGCUAUGUCAUCCAGGUCGCUCUGCAGUAUGAGCUGGAUGCUCGGGAGAAGCCCGAUAACUUCAGCACUGGAUACUUUGGCUACGGCACAAAGGGACCGAACGAGUACCCUACCACCAGCUAUGGCACUGAGGUGUUUGAAGUCAACGAUGCGUUACGGAAUGCAGCCUAUGGGUUUGCGCAAAAGGCAAAGCUGGCUGAUUCGGCGGCAGCGGCCGAGUACCGGGCCAAGUACAGGGAGGCCGGCCUCGAGUAUGUUGCCGCUACCGAAGGGCCGAGUGUCGUCAAAUGCGACACGGCCACCAGCGAUGUGUACUACUCGGGCACUCUGCUAAGCGAAGCCUUUGAGACGGUCUCGAAGGUGUGGACGAACGGGACGGGCAAGUACUGCAUGUCGGCGCAGGAAGACAACGCCGUCCUCGAGGUGCUCGUCCGCGGAGCCAUCCAGGGCCUUGUGGACUUUGGCCGUGUGGUUGUGAUGCGAACCGGAUCCGACUUUGACAGGCCUCCGCCGAACAUCACAGCUUAUCAGCACCUGAUGGCGGACCAGAACGGCUUCGCGACAGCAUGUGCCAACCUGGGCAAGGCGGGUGUCGAGAUUGUUCGAGGGAUUCUGCAGGGCUGGGAGCGGACGUUCCAAAAGGGAAUCAAGCCAACCAACUAUAUUGGCGAUAUAUUUGGCAGCUUGGGAGGACAGCCUGACUUUGGACCGGGGAGCCAGACCAAUGGCACCGGGUAUGCGGCGGCACCAGUGCAGGCGAGGGCGCAGAUGAGGACGAGGGGAUUUCGUGGCGCUUCUGUCGUGCGACGGCGUAUCUGACGAUCUGGUUCUGUCAGAUUCGAGGGUGGUAUUCUGGCCAGAUGUGGGCUAGAUGCCAGAGUCCCAGCCACCUGAUUUAACAGGUCUUGGCAAAUAUGAGUUACCCUUAGAACCCUCUAUACUAGAGCGUUCGAGUUACUUACAUGGAUAUACAUAGAAUUAAUUAAUUACCAG